AUGGACACCAUGCUUAACGGUCUCAGAGGUGUUGCAUGCUAUUUGGAUGAUAUCCUAGUGACCGGAAUGACUGGAGUCGAACACCUACUGAACCUGAAAGCAGCUAGCCUUGACAGCUUCUUUCUUGCUUAUCGGAAUACACCCCAUGCUACGACGAAAGAAGCGCCGGCUAACCUUAUGUUCGGUCGCCAUCUUCGUUCCAAACUGGACAUUCUCAAACCAGAAUUAGAAGAAUUAGUUCGCCAGCAGGAAUUUAUUCAGUCCAGCUUAUGCAGCUCCAAAGCCCGACAAUUUGCCGUAGGCGACGGUGUUCUUGUUCGAAAUCACAGGGGACCACUCAGAUGGCUUCCGGGUACUGUAGUGCGGCAGGAAGGACCUGUUUCGUAUGCCGUCAAAGUACAUACGCCACGGGGCCUGGCCGUGUGGCAUCGUCACCAAGAUCAGUUUCUCUUGGGUGCAGCUGACGUCUCCGAUGGUGAGGAGAACAAGGACACCUUCUGGGAGUUCUCGGAUGCCACUGUGAAGACACCUACGGCAGCGCCCGCAGUCUCCGAGGCAGCACCACCAGUACGAAGAUAUCCAGUACGCAGUCGACGAGCGCCAGAUCGCUACGCGCCAUCUUAA